AUGAGGCAACCGGAGAUGUCCCAUUCUCCCGCCUAUUACCAGGACCAGGACCAUCGCGUGACGGCAUAUCUCCACGAUUCGACUCCUGCUCCUGCGGCCGCACAUCUUCCCCCGGAGCCCCCAUCAUUGCCUAAUCACGGGCAUGAUUCCCGUCAUCCGCAACUCAAUUCGGUCGAGGAUACAAUACCCAACGCUUAUCCCCCCGAUUCAUGGGAUAAUACCUACUCUCGGCAUCCCCGUCGACAUUCUCAACAAGCCCAUAAGCCUCCCCACCGUCAGCCUCCGGUGGAGUCAAUCUAUCCGGAUUCUGAGGUGCCGAUCGUGGCCCCGAUGACUGGUGGAGCGGCUCGUAAAGAAGAGCGUGGCCGGAGGAGUUGGACGGAUCAUUCGUCGUACAUGUCGAGCGACAAUCAUCAUCUCGGAGUAACCCGCCUUCAGAAACGAGCGAUUCAUACGGAAGAACCCUUGGCGGAUGAUAGUCAGGAUGCCCUGCUGAUGCUAUUUCGAUUAUCCGUCCCGGUGCCCAUCUUCUCCCUUUGCGCAUCCUUGUAUACCGUCUUCGGGUUACUCUUCGUUCUUCUCGUCUCACCUUUCCGCCUUUGUCCCUGCAUCCCAUACUUUCGAUCAACGUCAUUUCGCGAGCAGUUGUGCCAUCUUCUGGUACCUCAAUUGCAUAUUCAUGAGCGAUUAGUUCGUUUGCGGGGCUCCGCGACUCGAUCGGUAUACAAUGACGCCGAUGGGUCAUCCAUCUCGGACCCGAGCGAACACUAUUCCAUUUUUGGAUUGAUUGCGGUCCUCUUGCUAUCAUCACUUCUUUCCAUCGCAUUUCUCCUCCUCGUCUGGACCGCGGCCUUCUUCUGGGUUUUCGCCAUGGUACUUGGCAAUCCCGAUGGCACCGAACGCAAAGACGACGGCCGUGCUGCUGUACUUGGUGUUUGUCGAUGGUGGCAGAUAUGGCUACGCAAGGCCCGAAAACCGCCUCGCGAAUAG